GCGGGUUUUAUUUAAUGAUGAGUGGAUGGAUUGGUGGAUCCUUCUCGGAGUAUGGAAACAGAUUUUAAUGCAUUACGCGACCUUGUGUUCGCCUGUGUUUGUGUCAUGCCAUGCCGUGUCAUGUGCUACUGGUGGUGGGAUUAACGACGGGGAGCGAUGAUGCACCUAACCUCCACCUUGAAGAUAUCCGUACUUUCUGGAGGCUUUCAAGCAAGUGAAUUACCUUGAGUAAUUUCACACAGCGGUAACAAUAACCUUCCCGAGUUAAUUAAAAACUGAGGUUAUCCGUUUUCUUCCCCCUUGUCAUUGUGUAUUAUGGGCAGCGUUUCGGAAGUAUCAUAUUUGACAUCGUUAAUUAAAUUAUUUUCUAAGGCUGGAGGGGUUGCAGGCAUAGCAGUUGAUACCACUUUAUUUCCAUUGGAUACAACGAGAACGAGGUUGCAGAGCCCUCAGGGAUUUUUGAAAGCUGGAGGAUUUCGAGGGUUGUAUAAUGGAAUUGGGCCCGCCUUCUUAGGAUCCGCCCCUACAGCUGCUUUGUUUUUUUGUUCUUACGAAACUACCAAAAACAAGCUUAAUUCAUUAUUUGGUCAUGAAAGCCAAACCCUGGUUCACAUGAUAGCUGCUAUUAAUGCAGAAGUGGUCUCGUGUCUAGUGAAAGUUCCUACUGAAGUACUGAAACAGCGACAGCAAGUUGGGUUAUACUCCAGAUUAUUUGAAGCAUGCAGUAUUAUUUAUAGAACAGAAGGAUUAACUGGGUUUUACAGAGGUCUGGGCAGUACCAUUGUAAGGGAAAUACCAUUUUCAGUGAUACAGUUCCCAUUAUGGGAAAUUUUCAAACAAAAAGUAUCCUCUUCCAAAGGUGAAGCAAUUACAGUGAAGGAGAAAGCAUUGUGUGGAGCUAUUGCUGGAGGAAUUGCUGCUGGUUUAACCACUCCUAUAGAUGUAAUGAAGACUAGAAUAAUGCUGACCCAAAGAUCAACGUAUCAGCAAAAACUACAUAACGUACUAAUGGAUAUAUACAUGACAAAAGGGAUUAAAGGGUUGUUUGCAGGAAUCAUUCCAAGGGUUCUGUGGAUAACACUCGGCGGUGGAGUAUUUUUUGGAAGUUAUGAAUUGUUUGUUGAUUUGUGCAAUACUGCUUUCAAGAAAACAUGAAAUAAGCUGUGCAUUUUGUGCUCAUAUUAUUAGUAAAAUUAUAGGACUAAAGGAGUGAUAACUCUUCUAGAAGAUGGGUGGGUGAUCAGAAAGGAAAAUGUUACGCAUGGUGCUGUUCAACAUGUGAUAUUACAACCUUGCCUUUAUUAGUAUAAAAAUAAACAAUUUUACAGAAUGUUUUAACAUUACUCAUUUUUUUCCUUUUGCUUUUUGGCUUAACUUGGAAGACAAACUUCACGAAUAAGCUUUUAUGAAAGUUUCUAACAAGUUUGACAAGGAAAAACUCUGGUAACAUAAAUACUUUCACCAACAGACCAAUACACUUAGACAACAUCCAACCAAUAGAUGGACAGUUCACCAUUACAUACAGAUUUAAAACUGUCCUCCAAUCUCUCAGACCCUGUUUCAAAAGUUAAUGCAUUCUCCCUGUCCAUUUUUUGGAGGGAUGUUGGACCUAGUGGUAGUAAUAUAAUCCAGUCUUGAAGGAAAAACCAACCAAGAACCAGUCAGGUGUCAGAAACACACAUUAAUAAUAACACAAAAAUCAACAAUAUAAAUAGACUAAUAGUAAAAAUAUGCGGCAAAAUUUCAACCUAUCAAUGAAUCAAAUAUUUAUGCAACUGUUCCUAGAUGCUUUUUCGAGGCACAAUUUCAUUGACACUCUUAUACCUUGAUGUUUUUGUAACUAAAGAGCCAUUAAUAGAUGAACUUCUAUUUGUAAUGAAAUAUAAAUCUGAAAAAUUUUGUUGCCUCUUUUGAAGUUUCUCAUAAAAGGAUUUUUCCUUAACUUUUUACACAAUAAAUAACAAAAGAAAGAAUAUAUAUAUAUAUAUAUUUGCGUACAUCAGUGCCUUUUGACAAAUCAUAUUCAAUGAUAAAGCUUUUUGUGUUAAAUGAUUUCUAGGCAGAUACAAACAUCAAAAUAUGCUGCCAUUGCAUUUUUCACGGUUAUUGAUUCCCAUGUAAUAUACUUAGUGCAAACUGCUUCCACUGAAUAUAAAACUAUCAAUGACAAAAAUGUCACCAAGUUAAAAUAAAUAACAUUCAUUUUGCAGUAACUACAGACAAUUCAUAGAAAUGCAAAUUCUACACAACUAAAGACUUGUUGGCGAGUCGCAAGAAGUAUGCAGGCUCGCAUAAUAUUAGCAACACAAUAACUGCUAAUAAGAAAGAGGUCUUUUCACAACACCUCGAAAAUAAAAGGUGAUUCAUGAGGUACAAUGAAAAUAAACGAAAUAAAAAUUAUUUAUACUACAGGCACUUAGUCAGUCAAUGGAAGUACAGCAAAUUCCAAAAAUAUCCAGCAAAAUUUGUUUCAACGGAAGUCUACAACAGAUCAUGCAGUUCAGGGCUUCAAAAUUAAUUCUACCGUAUUUUAAAGUUCCUAAAAUGUUACUGGGAAAUCUUUAUUUUUAUGUGAGUCAGGAAACUUCAUUUGCUGUGUAAUAGUAAGUAAAUUACAAGUGAAAGUGCUGUGCUGAAUACCAUUCACACACUAUAGAUUAAUAAAUUGCAAUCCUUUCAUGGUUUAAAACAAUUACAUUGUAACAUGGGUUUUACUCCUUCACUAAAGUCUUGCAAUAAUGUGUAUGAGAAAGCUGAACAUUUUUGGAAUAUUUUAAAUACAUCAAGUCACUAAUUCUAUUAAAAUUACAAUUAUCUAUUCAUCAUCAUAAUGCAAUUACUGCAUUAUGAUAUAAAAAUCUAAAAAAUGUAGACGUUGAGCUGGAUUACAAAAGACUUUUCUUUACUUGGCUUUUAGCACUAGAAUACCCGACCUGUCCUUUUGGGUACAUUUGAGAUUUUCAUGUGCUGUUAUAAGCUGAAUUUUAAACGCUGAACCUAAAGAGUUGGGCUUCAGUGACCUUUUGAUGGAUAAAUAAUCUCAACAGAUUUUACUUAUCUGGACCAUACAGUAUUACGUACAUUUUCCAAUUUACUUAGAACGCCCAAACAUACAAUUUUUGGCACAUCGUCUUUUGUGUUUAAAGACUGAAUGGAUGUUUGUACCCAAGCAGGAUUUUGAGCAAGCAAACGAAAUUAAACUUGAAACCAGAUUCCAUUCCUCUUGAUAAAGAAAACAAAGUAUGCUUUGCAUUCCAGCACAUAAAGCUUUUACAGAGAGUGGGGAACCAUGGGACCACUAGCAUUUGUGGGAGCAUAUUUGACUCUAGCUGAACAGCUCUUUCAACAUGUGAAUGGCAUCCUAACUCCACUAAAUGGCGUGCACAGUUAUAACUGAAUUUAUUAUGGACAGAAAUGUUGACUAGCAUUCAAAAUAUAUGAUAACAGCAUUUCAUUAUGUGGGUAAGGAUGAUUUUUGGCCCUAUUAAACAUGACAUAGUCACUAUGUUGACAUGAAAUAAAAUUCCCUUUAAACAAAGAUUUAAAUGUCACAUACGACAAUUUCUAGCCUCCGAUGUGGGCUGUAUUCUUGAGAAUUUAAAUAAAAUAAGAAUGGCAGCAAAAGAAAUAAAGCCACCUAAAAAAUUUCAUUCAGGGCCACUACAACAAUAGGGUUCUUAUAAUAGAUCAAGGAUAAGAAAAUAAAAAUAUUUGAAUUUUUUAUAUAAUUUGUGUUUAGGAGAGGAGAUACGAAUAAACUGACAGAAAAACUCAGCUGCAGACCGUUGUGUUGUAUAAAUAUUAUUCAUAUAGAAGUGAAAAAUAGAAAAGUAUUUCUGCAAAAGUUUAGUUCAAUAUCAUCUCUACUUCUAAGAAGAACAAUUUGGUAUAAUGCAACACCCUUUACAAAAAUGUUUAAAGGAGUAAAAGGCAUGUUGUCUUACACUGAAGCUUCUGUACCCUUUUCCUAUAGUUUUUGAAUUUACAAAAUUAAACAUAUCUAUUAAAAUUGUUCUUAAUGCAUGCAAUAAUUCAUAGAAUUCUUUCCCAUCAAAAAUUGUACAUUCAUUCAAUAAAUGAUGCUAUAAUUAGUCCUGUGCCAAUUUUGACACAUUUAGGCGUUCUAGUUUGCAAGGAAAGUCUGGUUGUUCCAGUAUUACUUCGUAUUGCUAAAACAUUCACCAAGUUGAAACUUAACCAAUGCAGUCAAAAUAUGUUUAAAAUCAAUGAUCAUUAAAUAAUAGAAAGUGUUUAUCUCUCAGGUGAAAAACUUCUGAUAGACCGCACAAAAGAUGUCCCUUCAGUGAAACUGUGUGAAUG